CGGCGUUUACUUAUCAACAGCGUGGACACAAUAGAGAGGCAAGCUUUUACAUGAAGACGAGCUGCUUUUAAAAAACGAGUUAGUAAUGUGUUACUAACCACAGACUCUGCGCUUCAGAGUUUCCAUUAUCUGGAGUAGCGUCAUCUGGAAGUUCGUCAGAAAUUGUUGUAGCCUACACAAACGAGGGACUAUCAUAACAACACCGGAGCAAAACAUAACAGAUCCCGGAGAAGCACAUUUUGAUAUGAGAUGACGGCAGACUCCUUUGGUUGUUUGAAGUGGUGUCCUUGUGGGCGACUCAGUGCUGAACGGACGGCAACAGAGGGAAACAGUGACAGAUAGACCAGUAUUUGGAAUCAGCUCAUCUGUUGUGCUCAACGGCCUCCUGGUUUUCCAUCAGGAUGGUGAAUUCGGCAUCACUUUGUGCCUGCGUGUUUCUUCUGACUGCCCUCAGCUGUCAUUCUCAUGUCCUCCCCCGACUCUCUUUUCCAAUGGGCAGCCCAGGUCGCUCUCUCACCAUCUUCACAAAUGAUGAUAGUCACAACGCCACCACACUGUUGCUUAGCAACGAUGAGGGCACCUUAUUUGUUGGAGCACGUGAUGCCAUUCUGUCAAUCAACAUCAGUCAGACUGAUAUGACAUUGAAGGAGAAGCUGGACUGGUCUGCCUCAGAAAAAGACCUUAAUGAUUGUUCCAUGAAAGGCAAAAUGAAGAUGGAUUGUCAUAACUUUGUGAGAGUUUUGCAAGUGCUGAACUCUACACAUAUGUACGCCUGUGGAACGUUUGCCUUCAGCCCCCGUUGCAUCUACAUUAAUUCACAGACAUUCACCAUGGUUACAGGACCCAGUGGUAAGCCUGAAGAAGGCAGAGGCCGCUGUCCUUAUGACCCAUACCAGAAGAACUCUGCCAUAACUGUGGAUGGGGAACUGUAUACAGGAACGGUGUCCGACUUCAGAGGAACUCGACCUGUCAUUUCACGGCAUUUGAGUGAGGGCAGCCAUGUUGAUCUGAAACUGGAUGAUACACUUGGAUGGUUAGAAGAUCCUACUUUUAUCAGCUCCACAUAUAUUCACAGUGAGGAGAAAGUUUAUUUCUUCUUCAGUGAGAUUGGAAAAGAGUACGACUUCAUUGACAAGUUUACGGUGUCUCGCGUUGCCCAAGUUUGCACAAGUGAUGUUGGUGGGCAGAGAACUCUACAGAAACGCUGGACCACCUUCACCAAGGCUCAGCUACUGUGUCAAGCUGACAAAGAGCUGCCAUACAACGUCCUGCAGGACAUUAUCAGUCUUCCUCCACCAGAUGGCGCAUCUGAGGACGAAACGCUCUUCUAUGGGAUUUUCACUUCUCAGUGGCGAGUAAACUUGGGUCGCUCUGCCGUGUGUGCUUUCAGCCUCAAAGAUAUUAAAAAGGUGUUUACAGGACGUUAUAAGGUUCUGAAUCGGGACACUUUGAAAUGGAGCACAAGGGUGCAGGAGCAGAUGGCAAACCCUGGCGAGUGUGGACUGCACAAUGCUUCAGACAACACUCUGCGCUUUGUUAAGGACAAUUUCCUGGCUGAUAAAAGUGUUCUACCAGUCAAUCAGGGCCUAACAGUGGUGUCACCUGAUAAGAGCUACAGCAACAUCGCAGCUCAGAGAGUACAAGUAUCACGCGGCAAAUAUUACACUGUGCUUUACCUGCUUACAGAGUCGGGCUUCCUGCACAAAACUGUGCUCUUGAAGGACGGAGCUCACAUCAUCGAGGAGAUACAAGUGUUUCAUCAACCUCAGAUGGUCAAAAACCUCCUUCUGUCUGUUUCUAAGGGGGCAGUAUUAAUCGGCUCUUCAGAAGGGCUGCUCUCAGUGCCAGUGUCCAACUGCUCUCACUACAAGAGCUGUGCUGAAUGUGUUCUGGCCAGAGACCCUUUCUGUGGCUGGGACCUUUCCCAGAGGGUCUGCAAACAGAUAACCACAUCACAGGACCAGCUGGCUCAGGAUGUAGAUGAGGGUAAAGUAUCAGAGCAGUGCACCAGUGUGAGCCCCAGGUCCCGCUCUGGCCAGCCCCGAACCGCCCCGACUAUCUGUCCUCCAGGUGAAGUGCUGUCUGUGUCUCUCAACGAGGUUAUUAACCUACAAUGUCCCGAAGCAUCAAACCUCGCCAAACGCCACUGGGAGCGUCUCAACAGCCAGCUCUCCCCCAAAAUCUUCAUCCAGGCAGACAACGGCAGCCUCAGCUUUGUGGCGACCCCGUCCACCCUGGGCCACUACCUGUGUCAGGCGGUGGAGAACGGCUACACCCAAACACUGAUAGUCUACCAUAUUAGACAGAAGAACAAUCCCACCAUCCUUCCGCCUUCCCCGAAGAUCACACCGACUUCCGCUGAAACUGGAAACAAAACCCCUUUUUCCACUCUCACAGCUCCCAAGCACACCGAGCCUAAACCAGAAGACACAAGCUUUACUGCACACAAAGAUUCACCCGCGGCCACCACACGGAAAAGCAAAAACUUCACUCCCUUGUUUAGUGCGGAAGAGGGAAGCUCUCGAAUGAAGGAACACAGUGGAAACUUCCAGCAAGUGGAUAAACCAACCUAUUUGCAGGAGCUAGUAGUGGUGUCCGUUCUGCUAGCGCUGUGUGUUAGCGCCUUGCUAACCAUCGCUUUUAACAGAUUCAGACACGUUUGCACCAGCAGGACCAUCGCACAGAGUCCUUGCUCUCGCAGGGACGUUGAGAAGAGUGGAAGUGCGACGCCGCAGGAGAGGGAGUCUCUCAGAGGACAUUCACCACGUUUGGAAAAGCGCAACGGACAAGCUCCUAAUGCACAGUCCCACAAUGGUCAGGCGCAUAACGGCAAAUCUCCAAUCACCCUGAGCAAUAACAUGCUGAACGGCUCUAACGGUCACCUGCCCAACACACCCAUCUGAUGGUACUUGUUUUCUUGAUUUACUGUAAAACUCUUUUCUGAGCCAAAUCGGGCUUCUAUUGAAUCAAGCCCUGUCACUGAACCACUCAUGCUGGAUCAUUUCGAAAUCUAAGAAAUAAAGUCAGAAGCUGCACACUGGACCUGCUCAUAAAUCAUUUGAGCUGUAAGACUGAAAGAUCUUCAGCUGUAGGAACUAGUGUACAUUUUCAGUUUGUUAAUAUUUAAGCUGUAAUUUAUGUGUAAACUGAACUGUUCGUUUCAGUUUUAAGCGUGUCAGAUUGUAUGCCUCUCUUAAAGGAACACUUUUUUUCAAGCUCAUUUUACAAGAAAACAGUUGGGUUUUAAUAUUUUUGAAUCCACUCAGCCGAUCUUUGGGUCUCUCGGGAGCACUUUUAGCUU